CCUAUUUGACUACAUAUUUGUGGUGCUGUGCGCAAGGGCUUGUGGGUAGGUAGGUUUUGAAUAGGGAAGAUGGCAGCCGCGGCAGUGGUUGAGUUUCAGAGAGCUCAGUCUCUUAUUAGUACGGAUCGAAACGCUUCUAUCGAUAUUUUACAUUCAAUAGUCAGGCGAGAUGUUCAGCAGGAUGAUGAAGAGGCAGUACGUGUCAAAGAGCAGAGCAUCCUGGAGCUUGGCACUCUCCUGGCUAAGACAGGACAAGCUGCAGAGCUUGGAGGGCUCCUGAAGUUUGUCAGACCUUUCCUGAUCUCCAUAAGCAAGGCAAAGGCGGCACGACUGGUGCGCUCUCUGUUGGAUCUUUUCCUGGAUAUGGAGGCAGCCACAGGACAGGAGGUUGAGCUGUGUCUGGAAUGCAUUGAGUGGGCCAAAGCUGAGAAGAGAACAUUCCUCCGACAGGCUCUUGAGGCUCGUUUGAUCUCACUUUAUUUCGACACUAAGCGGUACCAGGAGGCUUUGCAGUUGGGCUCCCAGUUACUCCAGGAGCUAAAGAAGAUGGAUGACAAAGCUUUACUUGUGGAAGUCCAGCUGCUUGAGAGUAAAACCUAUCAUGCGCUCAGUAACCUGCCCAAGGCCAGAGCUGCCCUUACCUCUGCCAGGACCACAGCCAAUGCCAUCUACUGUCCACCCAAACUUCAGGCAGCUUUGGACAUGCAAUCAGGCAUUAUCCAUGCUGCUGAAGAGAAGGAUUGGAAGACAGCAUAUUCUUACUUCUUUGAGGCUUUUGAAGGCUAUGAUUCCAUCGACAGUCCCAGGGCCAUCACUGCGCUGAAAUACAUGCUUCUCUGCAAAAUCAUGCUCAACUCGCCGGAGGAAGUCCAAGCCUUGAUCAGUGGCAAACUGGCCUUGCGUUAUGCCGGGAGACAAACAGAUGCACUAAAGUGUGUAGCGCAAGCCAGCAAGAACAGAUCAUUAGCAGACUUUGAAAAGGCGCUGACUGAGUACACGAAAGAGCUGAGAGAUGAUCCCAUCAUCAACACACACCUGGCCAAACUCUAUGACAACCUUCUGGAGCAGAACCUUAUCCGGGUCAUUGAGCCCUUCUCCAGAGUACAGAUAACACACAUAUCAGAUCUCAUCAAACUCUCAAAGGGUGAUGUUGAGAGAAAGCUGUCGCAAAUGAUCCUGGACAAGAAAUUUCAUGGCAUCCUUGACCAAGGUGAGGGAGUCCUGAUCAUAUUCGAGGAGCCUCCUGUUGAUAAGACCUAUGAGGCAGCCCUCGAAACCAUCCAGAACAUGAGCAAAGUUGUGGACUCACUGUACAACAAAGCUAAGAAGUUGACAUAGAACAAACACAAAAGGAUGCUGCUCUGCAGAGUGGAUGUGUGUGAGUGUAUGUCUGCAUGUGUGUGUGGCCAACAUGUGGAACCUUUUUUUGUCAAGGCGAGAAGGGACAAUAUAGAGUAAGAAUCACAAAUUUCAACGGGAUUCACUUGUUCCAACUGAGUUUUUAACUCCUCUUUCAAUGGACAAUUUCAUCCUUCUCUUCUUAAUUUUGAUGGUUUUUUCCUCCCCGAUGUAUCUCUCAUCGGCCAACAUGGCCAUCAGGGAAUAUUGUACAACUACAAUAAAGUCUCAUAAAGUCACCGUAUAGCAUUGUAUAACUCUUCUACGGUUUAAGUUACAGCCUCUUAAGGUGCAAUACUGACCUCACUGUGGGUAAAGGGGGAACUGUGGGUAACUGUGGCUGUCUCCAUUAGUCCUCAUGGGAACAUAUAUUAUCCUGCGUGCAGGAAGAUACCAUUAGGAAGUGACAUAACCAGGCAUUUAUUACAUUUGCAUGGUUAGGGCCUUAGAUAGUUCUGUAGCAAGCACAGUUGCCAGCAGUCAGACAGUCUCAGCCAUUUUGUUCAGAUUAUGUAUUAUACAGUUUAACAUUUGCUCUGGCAGUAUACUUUUCAUUAUACACAUUGUCUUUAAAAUCUAUAAACAUGUUUGCUGUAUUAAGCACCCUAGAGUUGUCCUGUUAUGAAAAAAGCAUUACAAAUGCUAACGUUUGACUGCAGUAGAAAUAAAUUUCUUUUUAUUCCACUGAA